GGGCGGCCGCGGCGGCGCGGGGCGGCGGCGAGACGCGCGCGAUGGAGGGCGAGAGCGGGAGCCCGUGGGCCCUGGGGCUGCUGCGCACCUUCGACGCGGGCGAGUUCGCCGGCUGGGAGAAGGUCGGCUCGGGCGGCUUCGGGCAGGUGUACAAGGUGCGCCAUGUCCACUGGAAGACGUGGCUCGCCAUCAAGUGCUCGCCCAGCCUGCACGUCGACGACAGGGAGCGCGUGGAGCUUCUGGAAGAAGCCAAGAAGAUGGAGAUGGCUAAGUUCCGCUACAUCCUGCCCGUGUACGGCAUAUGCCGGGAGCCCGCCGGCCUGGUCAUGGAGUACAUGGAGACCGGCUCGCUGGAGAAGCUGCUGGCCUCCGAGCCGUUGCCGUGGGACCUGCGCUUCCGUAUCGUCCACGAGACGGCCGUGGGCAUGAACUUCCUGCACUGCAUGUCCCCGCCUCUCCUCCACCUGGACCUCAAGCCCGCAAACAUCUUGCUGGACGCCCACUACCACGUCAAGAUUUCCGAUUUUGGGCUGGCCAAGUGCAACGGGCUGUCCCACUCCCAUGACCUCAGCAUGGACGGCCUGUUCGGCACCAUCGCCUACCUCCCUCCAGAGCGCAUCCGGGAGAAGAGCCGGCUCUUCGACACCAAGCACGACGUGUACAGCUUUGCCAUUGUGAUCUGGGGUGUGCUCACGCAGAAGAAACCGUUCGCAGAUGAGAAGAACAUCCUGCGCAUCAUGGUGAAGGUGGUGAAGGGCCACCGCCCCGAGCUGCCGCCCGUGUGCAGAGCCCGGCCGCGGGCCUGUGGGAACCUCGUGCGCCUCAUGCACAGGUGCUGGCACGGGGAGCCGCGAGAACGGCCCACCUUCCAGGAAAUUACGUCUGAAACCGAGGACCUGUGUGAGAAACCCGAUGGUGAUGUGAAGGAGACAGCUCAAGAUCUGGACGCGAAGCAGCCCCUAGAACCCAAGAGCCCGAAGCCCGUGUGCUCGCCUCUCAAGCGGGCCUCCGCCCCGACCUUCGACAGCAACUACAGCCUCUCCGAGCUCCUGUCCCAGCUGGACUCGGGCACCUCGCAGACCCUCGCGGGCCCGGAGGAGCUCAGCCGCAGCUGCUCCGAAUCCAGGCUGCAGUCGGCCAGCAGCAGCAAGAGGCUCUCGGGGGUGUCCUCUGUCGACUCUGCCUUCUCCUCCAGAGGGUCGCUGUCCUUGUCUUUCGAGCGGGAGCCUUCCACGGGCGAUCUCGGCACGACAGACGUCCAGAAGAAGAAGCUCGUGGAUGCCAUCGUGAACGGGGACACCAGCAGGCUGAUGAAGAUCCUCCAGCCCCAGGACGUCGACCUGGUCGUGGACGGCGGCUCCAGCCUGCUGCACGUGGCCGUGGAGGCCGGGCAGGAGGAGUGCGUCAAGUGGCUGCUGCUCAAUAACGCCAACCCCAACCUGACCAACCGGAAGGGCUCCACCCCCCUCCACGUGGCCGUGGAGAAGAGGGUGCGGGGCGUCGUGGAGCUCCUGCUGGCCCGCAAGAUCAGCGUCAACGCCGCGGACGAGGACCGCUGGACGGCCCUGCACUUUGCGGCCCAGAACGGGGACGAGUUCAGCACGCGGCUGCUGCUGGACAAGAGCGCCUCCGCGAACGAGGCGGACUGCGAGGGCCGCACCCCCAUGCACGUGGCCUGCCAGCACGGCCAGGAGAGCAUCGUGCGGAUCCUGCUCCGCCGGGGCGGCGACGUGGGGCUGCGGGGCAAGGACGCCUGGGGGCCGCUGCACUACGCCGCCUGGCAGGGCCACCUGCCCGUCGUCAGGCUGCUGGCCAAGCAGCCGGGCGUGAGCGUGGACGCGCAGACGCUGGACGGGAGGACGCCGCUGCACCUGGCCGCCCAGCGGGGGCACUACCGCGUGGCCCGCGUGCUCAUCGACCUGCGCUCGGACGUCAACGUCUGCAACCUGCUCUCGCAGACGCCCCUGCACGUGGCCGCGGAGACGGGGCACACGAGCACCGCCAGGCUGCUGCUGCACCGGGGCGCCAGCAAGGAGGCGGUGACCGCCGAGGGCUGCACCGCCUUGCACCUGGCGUCGCGGAACGGGCACCUGGCGACCGUCAGGCUGCUGGUGGAGGAGAAGGCCGACGUGCUGGCCCGGGGGCCCCGGGGCCAGACGGCCCUGCACCUGGCCGCCGCCGGCGGGCACGCGGAGGUGGUGGAGGAGCUGGCCAGUGCCGACGCGCUCGACCUGGCCGACGCGCAGGGGCUCAGCGCGCUGCACCUGGCCGCCCGGGGCCGGCACGCCAAGACGGUGGAGACGCUGCUUCGACACGGGGCCCACGUCAACCUGCAGAGCCUCAAGUUCCAGGGCGGCCCCGUCCCCGACGCCGCGCUGCUCCGGCGGAGCAAGACCUAGCCUGGGGACCCCGUGCGGGGUCCCUGGCCCGUCGCGUUCCGCCGCGGGGACAGAGUGACGCCGGGCCGG